CUUCCCCCUCCACACAUGAACGUCAACACGUGCAGAGCAACCAUUACCCACCGGUCUGUGUUUACUGAAAGAUUGGUGAGAUUACGCACUACAUUGGAACACGUAUGCUAAUAUUUCUCAAAUCAUAUAGUUCGAUAGAGUUGUCCAAAUGCCUAAAGUGAAGAGGUCUAAAGGCGGUAGUAAAAAGGGUGUAGUUUCAUUGGCGGAUCAGAUCAUGCAAGGAGACGCUGCUCGUGUCCACGAGCGAGUGAAAAGUCAGGAUAAGGUAGAAAAUGAGGACGAGUAUGUGGAUGAACGUUUAUCAAGGAGAAUCCUGGAACAGGCUCGCAUUCAGCAAGAUGAACUGCAGACAGAAUAUGGAUUGUCACCCGAGACAAAGAAAGCGCCAGUCACAACUCUCGGGUCCAGCACCCAGGAUGCGGAUUCUGAUGAGGAGUGGCCAGCUCUUGGAGAAGCUGGGGAUGUGGAUGCUGAUGCUGGGGGUGAAACUGAAGUUAUGGUAGACGCAGCGGAUGAGAAAGCCAUGGAGAUGUUCAUGAACAAGAACCCUCCAAUGAGACGAACCCUAGCCGACAUUAUUAUGGAUAAGAUUACAGAGAAGCAGACGGAGGUGGGAACAGUGAUGUCCGAGGCGUCUGGAAGGCCGAUGCCCCAGCUCGAUCCAAGGGUUGUGGAAGUGUACAGAGGGGUCAACAAAGUUCUAUCAAGAUAUCGCAGUGGUAAGCUUCCAAAGGCUUUUAAAAUUAUCCCUUCGCUAUCAAACUGGGAGCAGAUUCUAUAUAUGACGGAACCAGAGACCUGGACGGCAGCUGCCAUGUACCAGGCAACCAGGAUCUUCUCCUCCAAUCUAAAGGAGCGAAUGGCGCAACGCUUUUUCAACUUGGUGUUGCUACCCCGCAUCCGGGAUGAUAUUGCAGAGUACAAAAAACUGAACUUCCAUCUUUACUGUGCACUAAAGAAGGCCCUUUUCAAGCCAGGGGCAUGGUUUAAAGGUAUCCUGCUUCCUCUUUGUGAAUCUGGAACAUGUACCCUUCGAGAAGCCAUCAUCGUUGGUAGCAUUCUCACCAAAUGCUCAAUCCCUGUGCUUCAUUCUAGUGCCGCUAUGCUAAAGCUAGCCGAGAUGGAGUACAACGGUGCCAACAGUAUCUUCCUGCGUCUCUUGCUGGACAAGAAGUACGCCCUGCCAUUCCGUGUCCUGGAUGCCCUGGUUGCCCACUUCCUGUCCUUCCGCAGUGAGAAGCGCGAACUUCCUGUUCUCUGGCACCAGAGUCUGCUCACUAUGGCUCAGCGUUACAAGGCUGACCUUGCUUCUGAGCAGAAGGAGGCAGUGCUGGAGUUGCUCAAAGUACAAACCCACCCGCACAUCUCUGCAGAGAUCCGCCGCGAGCUACAAAACUCGGAGUCAAGAGACCUUGAAACGGCUAUACCUGUGACCAUGGCUAUGGAUUAGAGGAGAAUCAACUCAAGGACAAUGUUAUGCCAGUUCAGCCAGCAAACACAUUUGUAGAUCCCACAAUGCUGCAUUUACAUAAAAAAUUAUGAAUGUAGAGUUGCAAUAUUAUUUCCAGCUUUACUGGAUUAUGUUUUCCAUUUACACUUUGAAAAACAAAACUGCAUACAGCUAAUGUGAUGUAUUUGAUCAAUAACACCAUUGUAAUUUGUAGUAAACUGUUUAUUCUAUAAA